GCAACACUGCUGCCAACUCUAACUUCCAAUCGCAACGCUAAAAUAGUUAUUUGUUGUGUUUUCUUUUUUUUUUUUGUAAUCAUCAUUUUGUUGUGCAAUAAAGAAACGCAAUUUUUGUUUAAAUCGUAGGAGUCCAACUUCUGCAACAUCUUGACACUUGAAAUGUCUUGUGCGGCCACUUUAACAGCGGCUAAGGACUCGACAAAUGCCAAUGGUGCAGGAGGGGGAGGCGGAGGGAAUUCCUCCACGGCGGCAACAGCUGCAAGUGUGGGUGUGGUAGUUACUGGUGGCGGUACGACUGGCAGCACAACUGCAGCUGGAAGUGGUGGUGGAGGAUCCGCCUCUGCUGUGGCCAGACGCUUCUCCAUGGAAGGUGUAGGGGCAAGAGUCAUACGAGGACCGGACUGGAAGUGGAACAAACAGGAUGGGGGCGAAGGCCAUGUGGGCACUGUGCGCAAUUUCGAAUCCGCAGAAGAAGUGGUAGUUGUUUGGGACAAUGGCACAGCUGCAAAUUAUCGAUGCGCAGGAGCCUAUGAUUUACGUAUUUUGGAUAGUGCUCCGACUGGUGUAAAGCAUGAGGGUACCAUGUGCGAUACUUGCCGUCAACAACCGAUCUUUGGCAUACGCUGGAAGUGUGCCGAAUGUAUUAACUAUGAUUUGUGCUCGAUUUGCUAUCACGGGGAUAAGCAUCAUUUACGUCAUCGAUUCUAUCGCAUUUCAACUCCUGGUGGCGAGCGUACCAUGUUGGAGCCCCGUCGAAAGUCUAAGAAAGUCCUGGCCAGAGGCAUUUUCCCAGGAGCACGUGUAGUGCGUGGCGUAGACUGGCAAUGGGAGGACCAGGAUGGUGGUGUUGGCCGUCGCGGGAAAGUCAAUGAAAUACAGGAUUGGUCGUCGGCAUCACCCAGAUCCGCGGCCUAUGUUAUCUGGGACAAUGGUUCAAAGAAUUUAUAUCGCGUGGGCUUUGAAGGCAUGGCCGACCUUAAAGUUGUUAACGAUGCCAAGGGUAGCAAUGUAUAUCGCGAUCAUUUGCCACUACUAGGUGAGAAUGGACCGGGCAAAGGACCACAUGGAUUCCAAAUUGGUGACAAGGUCACUGUCGAUUUGGAUCUGGAAAUCGUUCAAUCGCUACAGCAUGGUCAUGGUGGUUGGACAGAUGGUAUGUUCGAAUGUCUGAGCAAUUCUGGAAUGGUUGUGGGCAUCGACGAGGAUCAUGACAUUGUUGUAGCCUAUAAUUCAGGCAACCGAUGGACAUUCAAUCCAGCAGUCCUUACUAAGGUGUCAUCACCGACCACAGCAGCACCGCCACCCGAAUUCCAAGUUGGUGACAUUGUUAAGAUUUGCUCUGAUGUGGAAAGCAUUAAAAUGCUGCAACGCGGCCAUGGCGAAUGGGCAGAUGCCAUGCAAUUAACUUUGGGCAAGAUCGGGCGUGUACAACAGGUUUAUCAUGAUAAUGAUCUCAAAGUGGAGGUCGGUAACACGUCUUGGACCUACAAUCCAUUGGCCGUCUGUAAAGUGGCUUCGUCGGCAUCGGCAACUGGUGCAACUGCUGGUCAAGAUGGCUCCGCUAAUUGUCCGCCAGUGAUCCCAAGUGGUGAGCGUCUAUCAGCCAUAUUGAAGAAGCUCUUCGAGCCGAAUGUGUCUGGGGAUGCUACCGAAGAGUUUGUCAAGGCUGCAGCCAAUGGUUUUGCGACACGUUGUGAAGAAUAUUUGGCUGGUAGUGCAAGUGGAGCAGUUUCAGGCGGUGCCUCGACUUCUAGUGCGGCUGCAGCAGCCGCUGCAUCACCCUCUUCUGGCGGCUCUCCUGAUGUCAAUGUAAAUGGAGUUUUUGCUGGUCACACAGCACUUCAGGCAGCUAGCCAAAAUGGUCAUAUCGAGGUCAUUCAGGUGUUAUUGCGUCAUUCGGUUGAUGUGGAAAUUGAGGAUAAAGACGGUGACCGUGCUGUCCAUCAUGCCGCAUUCGGGGAUGAGGCAGCUGUUAUAGAGAUACUUGCCAAGGCUGGGGCAGAUCUAAAUGCUAGAAACAAGCGAAGACAGACCUCUCUUCACAUAGCCGUUAAUAAGGGACAUCUCAAGGUGGUCAAAACGCUAUUAACUCUCGGCUGUCAUCCCAGUUUACAGGAUUCGGAAGGCGACACUCCAUUGCAUGACGCCAUCUCUAAAGAACACAACGAAAUGUUGUCUCUCCUCCUUGAUUUUGGCGCUGAUAUCACUUUGAACAAUAAUAAUGGUUUUAAUGCUCUACAUCAUGCCGCUCUCAAGGGUAAUCCCAGUGCCAUGAGUAUUUUGCUAACUAAAACGAAUCGUCCCUGGAUUGUUGAAGAGAAAAAGGAUGAUGGGUAUACGGCCCUCCAUUUGGCUGCUCUUAAUAAUCAUGUGGAAAUAGCCGAACUUUUGGUCCACAUGGGCAAGGCCAAUAUGGAUCGACAGAAUGUGAAUCUCCAGACUGCCCUCCAUUUAGCGGUCGAACGGCAGCAUGUGCAGAUCGUUAAGCUCUUGGUGCAAGAUGGUGCCGACUUAAAUAUACCCGAUAAAGAUGGGGACACACCCCUUCACGAGGCAUUGCGUCAUCAUACAUUAUCACAGCUGAAACAGCUUCAAGAUGUUGAAGGUUUUGGUAAACUUUUAAUGGGUCUACGAAAUGCGAACAAUAAAAAGGCAUCCGCCUCUAUAGCCUGCUUCCUGGCUGCCAAUGGAGCGGAACUGACCCUAAAGAAUCGAAAAUUGCAAACUCCAUUGGACUUGUGUCCGGACCCAAAUCUUUGCAAGACUUUGGUAAAGUGUUACAAUGAGCGUAAAACUGAUGACUCCGAGCUGCCAGGCAAUGUGGCGGGAACAAGUCAGAAUGCCAGACAAAGAACGGCUUCUGGUGUGGUGGGAACAGGACCGGGAACUGCGACUGUACCUCAGUCGUCAUCAGCACAAAUGCCCCUCUCCCAAGUGGCCGCCUCCAAUUCUUCGCCAUCGAACUCUUCGGCCUCGUCUUUUGCUUUAGCUGAAAUGUCUCAAUCAUUGAAUGGAAUAACCAGCAGCAGUCACAAUAAAUCCUCAUCUUCGAAUUUGGAGGAAUGUCUUGUCUGCUCGGAUGCCAAACGAGAUACGGUUUUUAAGCCCUGCGGUCAUGUCAGCUGUUGUGAGACCUGCGCCCCAAGAGUUAAGAAAUGCCUUAUUUGCCGCGGUACGGUUUGUUCCCGUGAGAAAAUCGAUGAGUGUCUUGUUUGCUCGGACCGUAGGGCGGCUGUUUUCUUCCGACCUUGUGGUCACAUGGUGGCCUGUGAGCACUGUAGUGCCCUAAUGAAGAAAUGCGUUCUUUGUCGAACACAAAUCGAUGAAAUGCUCCCAUAUUCCCUUUGCUGCGGUGGAUUGGGUAGCCCCGAAAAGGUAACCGGCUUACAAAUGCCUUUACUUCAACCAACAGCGGCCGAUUUAGAAGCUCCGAUGCCAGUUAAUGCUGUUAGUAGUGCUGCUGGCGCAGGAGGAUCUGUAGGUGUCAACCCCUCUGGACACAGUGUGGCAAUGAAUAACACAGUUGUCACUCCUGUGGCCGGGCAACAGCAAUUGAACAGUCAAAACAAUUUACUGGCCGCAUCCGCCUCAACAUCCUCGAAAAUAUCCUCCAGCUCGGGUAUGGUGGCCCCCUCGAAUGUGAACAAUUUCCAAAUGGAUGAUGUUCAAAAAUUAAAGCAACAAUUGCAGGAUAUCAAAGAGCAGACUAUGUGUCCCGUUUGCUUUGAUCGCAUCAAGAAUAUGGUAUUUCUGUGUGGUCAUGGCACAUGUCAAAUGUGCGGAGAUCAAAUCGAGGGCUGUCCAAUCUGUAGAAAGACCGUGGAAAAACGUAUACUUCUCUUUUAA